AUGAGACCGCUGGCCACCAAGACCGCUGCGGGCGAACAGGUCUCGUCGGUUCCUCCGGUUCGGGUGUCAGCUGGCGCCCUCAAAGAGAGCCAGGGUCGCCGCGCCAAAGGAUGGUCUGGGCAGGGGACGGACUCAGAUUUGCGCCCCUCGCACAGCCCGAGCGGGAGAGAUGAGCAGAGCACGAAGGGUCCUUGGGGCGCCGGCCGAGGCACCGACAACAGACUGGCCCACCGGCGGCAGACAAUUCUCCGUGAGAAGGGGAGAAGGUUAGCUAUCCGAGGACCCGCAUAUAUGUUUAAUGAUCGCUCAACCAGCCUAUCUGUUGAGGAGGAACGCUUUUUAGAUGCAGCUGAAUAUGGCAACAUCCCAGUGGUGAGAAAGAUGUUGGACGAAUGCCUCUCACUCAAUGUUAACUGUGUGGAUUACAUGGGCCAGAAUGCCCUGCAGCUGGCAGUGGCCAACGAGCAUCUGGAAAUUACAGAACUUCUACUCAAGAAAGAAAAUCUCUCUCGUGUUGGGGAUGCCUUGCUUCUGGCUAUCAGUAAAGGUUACGUUCGGAUUGUCGAAGCCAUUCUCAGUCAUCCAGCUUUUGCUGAAGGAAAGAGGUUAGCAACCAGCCCCAGCCAGUCUGAACUCCAGCAAGAUGACUUUUAUGCCUAUGAUGAAGAUGGGACACGGUUCUCCCAUGACGUGACUCCAGUCAUCCUGGCUGCCCACUGCCAGGAAUAUGAAAUUGUGCACACUCUCUUGCGGAAGGGUGCUCGGAUUGAACGGCCUCAUGAUUAUUUCUGCAAGUGCAGCGAGUGCAACCAGAAACAGAAACAUGACUCCUUUAGCCACUCCAGAUCUAGGAUUAAUGCCUAUAAAGGUCUGGCAAGUCCAGCUUACCUGUCAUUGUCUAGUGAAGAUCCAGUCAUGACAGCUUUAGAGCUGAGUAAUGAGCUGGCGGUGCUGGCCAACAUUGAGAAAGAGUUCAAGAAUGACUACAAAAAACUGUCAAUGCAGUGCAAAGAUUUUGUUGUUGGACUUCUUGAUCUGUGUAGAAACACCGAAGAAGUAGAGGCCAUUCUGAAUGGGGAUGUUGAAGUGCACCACAGUGGCAGAGAUCACGGCCGUCCAAAUCUCAGCCGGUUAAAACUUGCCAUUAAAUAUGAAGUAAAAAAAUUUGUAGCUCAUCCAAAUUGUCAGCAGCAGCUCCUCUCCAUAUGGUAUGAGAACCUGUCUGGUUUGCGGCAGCAGACGAUGGCGGUCAAGUUUCUCGUGGUCCUUGCUGUUGCUGUGGGACUGCCCUUCCUGGCGCUCAUUUACUGGUUUGCUCCGUGCAGCAAGAUGGGGAAGAUCAUGCGUGGACCCUUCAUGAAGUUCGUAGCACACGCAGCUUCCUUCACCAUUUUUCUGGGACUCCUAGUCAUGAAUGCAGCUGACAGAUUUGAAGGCACCAAACUCCUUCCUAAUGAAACCAGCACAGAUAAUGCAAAACAGCUGUUCAGGAUGAAAACAUCCUGCUUCUCGUGGAUGGAGAUGCUCAUCAUAUCCUGGGUAAUAGGCAUGAUAUGGGCUGAAUGUAAAGAAAUUUGGACUCAAGGCCCCAAAGAAUAUUUGUUUGAGUUGUGGAAUAUGCUUGAUUUUGGUAUGUUAGCGAUCUUCGCGGCAUCGUUUAUUGCAAGAUUCAUGGCAUUUUGGCAUGCUUCCAAAGCUCAGAGCAUCAUUGAUGCAAAUGAUACUUUGAAGGACUUAACAAAAGUCACACUGGGAGACAAUGUGAAAUACUACAAUUUGGCCAGGAUAAAGUGGGACCCCUCUGAUCCUCAAAUUAUAUCUGAAGGUCUUUAUGCAAUUGCUGUAGUUUUAAGUUUCUCCAGAAUAGCUUAUAUCUUACCAGCAAAUGAAAGCUUUGGACCUCUGCAGAUAUCGCUUGGAAGGACAGUGAAAGACAUCUUCAAGUUCAUGGUCAUAUUCAUCAUGGUGUUUGUGGCCUUCAUGAUUGGGAUGUUCAACCUUUACUCUUACUACAUCGGUGCCAAACAAAACGAGGCUUUCACAACAGUCGAGGAGAGUUUUAAGACAUUGUUCUGGGCUAUCUUUGGACUUUCUGAAGUGAAAUCAGUGGUCAUCAACUAUAAUCACAAAUUCAUUGAAAACAUUGGCUAUGUUCUUUAUGGCGUCUAUAACGUGACAAUGGUUAUUGUUCUGCUAAACAUGCUAAUUGCAAUGAUCAACAGUUCAUUCCAGGAAAUUGAGGAUGAUGCGGAUGUGGAAUGGAAAUUUGCAAGGGCCAAACUUUGGUUUUCCUACUUUGAGGAGGGAAGAACUCUUCCUGUUCCCUUCAACCUGGUGCCAAGUCCAAAGUCCCUGUUUUAUGUCUUGCUGAAGCUUAAAAAAUGGAUUUCUGAGCUGUUCCAGGGUCAUAAGAAAGGUUUCCAGGAGGAUGCAGAGAUGAACAAGAGAAACGAAGAAAAGAAGUUUGGAAUUUUGGGAAGCCACGAAGACCUUCCAAAAUUAUCACUGGACAGAAAACAGCUUGGGCAGAGUAAAGAAUCAAGCAUAAGAAGCUCAGAAGAUUUCCAGUUAAACAGUUUCAAUAAUCCUCCAAGACAGUAUCAGAAAAUAAUGAAGAGGCUCAUUAAAAGAUAUGUACUAAAGGCCCAGAUCGAUAAGGAAGGUGACGAAGUGAAUGAAGGGGAACUGAAGGAAAUUAAACAGGACAUCUCAAGUCUCCGCUAUGAACUCCUGGAAGAAAAAACUCAGAAUUCAGAAGAUCUAGCAGAACUUAUUAGAAAACUUGGGGAGAAAUUACCAGUGGAACCAAAUCAAGGGGAAAGCAAUAGAUAAUGCAAAGAUUUUCCUAAAAUCCGUAUUUAUUUGUCCACUUGAAACCAUAUUAUUUUCUGAUUUAUUUUUUUAAGUGCCAAUGUGUCUACCUUUUAAACAAGAAAAUGUUCAAAGAUAACGUGGGUCAUACUAGCACCUGGAACCCCAAUAUUUACUAUUUUUCAUGGAUAAGUGUCAUCAUUCAGGCUAAAGAGUUCAGACUAUGAUGAAAAUUCUGCGCGGUCGUUUGGUGCUUGUUUUAUAAACUGCUUUCUUGGAUAUAACUA